AUGGAGAGCCUCCCGCAGGAUUGGCAGAAUCGGGCAAGGAGGACCGGUCUUCCGACAAGGGGCUGGAGGUGCUCCAAAAGCACCUGGCGGGUGUCGGCUCGUCGUGUGUUUGAGAAGGCGUUUGCCGGCGGUGGUGACGGCCGCGAAGAGAAGGAUGGCGGGGGCGUUGUGCUUAUCAAGCUUCACGACGCUAACAGUGACCAGGUCCAUAUCGACCCAUCUGCCGAGUUGUUUUCGCCCAUAGUCAAGUUGCGUGUCGGUGAGACGCACCACUGCAAGCGGGGAAAUGAUUCUACUGGUCAGGAUGAAAUUCUGUGUCCCAGAUUUGAUUCGACAAAUCAGAAGGGCUCGUGCUUUCAGUUGCAACGCAGUCAUAUGCGGCUGGCUGCAGUUGUCCACGUCACUCAGCACACCUCUGAACUUGUCAAGACCAAUGAACAAAAUUUGAUGGUGUUGGUUCAUCGGCAGACAUGCGAGUGGAUAGAUCACGUGUGCAACCACGUGAUCUUGGAACACGUCGCAGAGAUUCCAACAGAUCCAUGCGAAUACGUAGAUAGUUACAGAAGAAGAUAG